AUGCAGCUCCACAUGACAUGGACAGCUGUUAAGAUCAUCACAAUGUGGACAAAUUCUACAACUAGAUCAGAAAAAAGUCCAACAUUCAGUCUGGAGCUGUGUGAAGUAAAAGGUGUAAAUCAUGUCUCACUCAAUGCUUCAUCAAAAAAAAUGUGUGGACCUUAAAUUAAACUUUUCUUCACAGUAUGAGUGAAUGUUGAGGAGCAGUGAUCUGUCUGAUCUUCUCCAGUUCUUCUUCAGUCUGCAGGCUGAUUUCCACAGUCAGAGUUCAGCAGCCAAAUCACUGACAGACAGAACAAAACAUUUCUUGGACCACAAGAAUCCAACCUCAGGAGACCCACCACAGAGUUCUGAGAGGGAAAACAAAAACCAUGAAGAGGACGAGGGGGGAGUGUCCCUCAGAGUCUGAAGGACAUGAAGACACCAAGAAGUUGAUGAAGGGUCGUGGUGUGGACUCUGCUAUGGAUCAGUGUGAGGACACCGAGGACGGACCCUUGAAAACCGGUCUGUGUGGGUACCAUGAGAUCCAGAUCAAAGCUCAGAGGAUCCAUCAGAGUCCCGACUUGUCUGGACCUGAACCCAGCUGUCUGUCCCUGAAGAGUGACAACUCAAAAGACAUUUGGACUGAUUUUAAACAGAGUGUCCAUCAGAGUCCAGACUUGUCCUUACCUGAACCCAGCUGUGUGUCCCUGAAGAGUGACAACUCAAAAGACAUUUUGAUUGAUUUUAAACGGAGUGUCCAUCAAAGUCCAGACUUGUCUGGACCUGGACCCAGCUGUGUGUCCCUGAAGAGUGACAACUCAAAAGACAUUUUGAUUGAUUUUAAACGGAGUGUCCAUCAGAGUCCAGAAUCAUCUGGACCUGAACCCAGCUGUGUGUCCUUGAACAGUGACUGGUCCAUGGAUAAUCCUCUUAUUUUUAAAGGACAGCGUCCCUCUGCUGGACAGACGAUGCAUCAGAGUGCAGAUUCGUCUGGACCUGAACCCAGCUGUGUGUCCCUGAACAGUGACUGGUCCAUGGAUAAUCCUCUUGUUUUUAAAGGACAGCGUUCCUCUGCUGGACAGACGUUCCAUCAGAGUCCAGACUCAUCUGGACCUGAACCCAGCUGUGUGUCCUUGAAGAGUGACCGGUCAAAAAACAUUUUGACUGAUUUUAAACAGAGUGUCUAUCAGAGUCCAGACCCAUCUGGACCUGGACCCAGCUGUGUGUCCCUGAACAGUGACUGGUCCAUGGGUCCUCCUCCUGAUUUUAAAGGACAGUGUCCCUCUGCUGGACAGACCGUCCAUCAGAGUGCAGACCUGUCUGGACCUGAACCCAGCUGUGUGUCCCUGAACAGUGACUGGUCCAUGGAGAGACCUUCUCCUUUUAAAGGACAGCGUCCCUCUGCUGGACAGACAGUGAAGCAGCAGAGCUCAGAGGUUCUCAGGGUUCCAUCUGCUCAGCAGUAUCAAAGACGGCUGAACCACAUGUUUACGAACAUCGAGGAGAACAUGAGGAUGUUUAUGAAAAAUGAGCUGUCGAUGAUCCAGAAGUUUCUGCUGACAAAUGAUGCAGAAUACUUGGAGAGUCAGAGUGAGGAUGAGGAGCAGAGUAACAUCCGACUGGUUUUCCUGGACCUCACAGUGUCCUUCAUGAGGAAAAUGAAUUAUGAGGAGCUGGCUGACUGUCUGCAGAGCAGAACUCGUGCUGACGUUUGUCAUCGUAAAUUCAAAUCUAAGGUGAAGCAGAAGUUUGAGCGUGUGUUUGAGGGGAUCUCUAAAGCAGGAAAGACGACUCUUCUGAAGGAGAUCUACACAGAGCUCUACAUCACAGAGGGCGGGGCUUCAGAGGUCAACCAGGAGCAUGAGGUCAGACAGAUUGAAGCAGCAUCCAGGAAAACAGACUCACCACAAAGAACCAUCACAUGUGAAGACAUCUUUAAAGCCUCAGCUGACACUCAGCCACCAAUCAGAACAGUGCUGACAAAGGGCAUGGCCGGCAUCGGGAAAACAGUCUUAACACAGAAGUGGACUCUGGACUGGGCUGAAGGACGAACCAACCAGGACUUCCACUUCAUAUUUCCAUUCACUUUCAGAGAGUUGAAUGUGCUGAAAGAGAAGAAGUUCAGCUUGGUGGAACUUGUUCAUCUCUUCUUUCCUGAAACCAAAGAAGCAGGAAUCUGCAGCUUCCAUCACUUCCAGGUCUUGAUCAUCUUGGACGGUCUGGAUGAGUGUCGCCUCCCUCUGGACUUCCACAGCAGUGACAUCCUGACUGAUGUCACAGAGUCGAGCUCAGUGGAUGUUCUGCUGACAAACCUCAUCAGGAGGAACCUGUUUCCCUCUGCUCGCCUCUGGAUCACCACACGGCCUGCAGCAGCCAAUCAGAUCCCUCCUGAGUGUGUGGACAUGGUGACAGAGGUCAGAGGCUUCACUGACCUUCAGAAGGAGGAGUACUUCAGGAAGAGAUUCAGAUAUGAGGAGCAGUCCAGAAGAAUCAUCUCCCACGUGAAGACAUCACGAAGCCUCCACAUCAUGUGUCACAUCCCAGUCUUCUGCUGGAUCACUGCUACAGUUCUGGAGGACGUGUUGGACACCGGAGACACACCAGCUACAGUUCUGGAGGACAUGUUGGACACCAGAGACACACCAGCUACAGUUCUGGAGGACGUGUUGGUCACCAGAGACACACCAGCUACAGUUCUGGAGGACGUGUUGGACACCAGAGACACACCAGAGCUGCCAGAGACCCUGACUGAGAUGUACAUCUACUUCCUGGUGGUUCAGUCCAGAGUGAAGAAGGUCAAGUAUGAUGGAGGAGCUGAGACAGAUCCACUGUGGAAUCCAGAGAACAGGGAGAUGAUUGUGUCUCUGGGAAAACUGGCUUUUAAGCAGCUGCAGAAAGGGAACCUGAUCUUCUAUGAAGAGGACCUGACAGAGUGUGACAUCGAUAUCAGAGCAGCCUCAGUGUACUCAGGAGUCUUCACACAGAUCUUUAAAGAGGAGAGAGGACUCUACCAGGACAAGGUCUUCUGCUUUGUCCACCUGAGUGUUCAGGAGUUUCUGGCUGCUCUUUAUGUCCAUCUGACCUUCAUCCAGUCUGGACUCAACCUGCUGUCCAAAGAUCAAACAACAUCCAGAAGGUCUGAGACGUCUGAAGAUAAACCUAAACUAACACGUCUCCAUCAGAGUGCUGUGGACGAGGCCUUACAGAUUCCAAAUGGACACCUGGACUUGUUCCUGCGCUUCCUUCUGGGUCUUUCCCUGCAGACCAAUCAGACUCUCCUACGAGGCCUGAUGACACAGACGGACAGAAUCUCAGAGACCAAUCAGGAAACAGUCAAGUACAUCAAGAAGAAACUCGAUGAGAAUCUGUCUGCAGAGAGAAACAUCAAUCUGAUCCACUGUCUGAAUGAACUGAAGGAUCGUUCUCUACUGGAUCAGAUCGAACAGUCCCUGAGCUCAGGAAGUCUCUCUGGAGGGCAUCUGUCUCCUUCUCAUUUAUCAGCUCUGGCCUUCAUCUUACUGUCCUCAGAUCAACAUCUAGACGUGUUUGACCUGAAGAAAUACUGUGCUACACAUGAGGCUCUUCUACUGCUGCUGCCAGUGAUCAAAGAAUCUAAAAAAGCUUUGUUAUCUGUCUGUAAUCUGUCAGAGAGAAGCUGUGAAGUUCUGAGCUCAGUUCUCAGCUCUCAGUCCUCCAGUCUGAGAGAACUGGACCUGAGUAACAACGAUCUGCAGGAUUCAGGAGUGAAGCUGCUGUCUGCUGGACUGGAGAGUCCACACUGUCACCUGGAGACUCUCAGGUUAUCUGUCUGUAAUCUGUCAGAGAGAAGCUGUGAAGUUCUGAGCUCAGUUCUCAGCUCUCAGUCCUCCAGUCUGAGAGAACUGGACCUGAGUAACAACGAUCUGCAGGAUUCAGGAGUGAAGCUGCUGUCUGCUGGACUGGAGAGUCCACACUGUCACCUGGAGACUCUCAGGUUAUCUUACUGUAAUCUGUCAGAGAGAUUCUGUGAAGUUCUGAGCUCAGUUCUCAGCUCUCAGUCCUCCAAUCUGACAGAACUGGACCUGAGUAACAACGAUCUGCAGGAUUCAGGAGUGAAGCUGCUGUCUGCUGGACUGGAGAGUCCACACUGUCACCUGGAGACUCUCAGGCUGUCAGGCUGUCUGAUCACACAUGAAGGCUGUACGUCUCUGGCUUCAGCUCUGACCUCCAACCCCUCCUAUCUCAGAGAGCUGGACCUGAGCUACAACCAUCCAGGAGACUCAGUCAAGCUGCUGUUUGCUGAGCACAAGGAUCCACGUUGGACUCUCAGGGUGGACCCUGGUGGAGUCCAAUGGCUGAGACCAGGUCUGAGGAAGUAUUUCUGUGAACUCACUCUGGAUCCUAACUCAGUGCACAGAGAACUCAAGCUAUUCAACAAAAACACAAGCGUGGACCGUGUGGAUGAGGAUCAAUCAUAUCCUGAUCAUCCACACAGAUUUGACGUUUGUCCUCAGGUCCUGAGUACAGAUGGUCUGACUGGUCGCUGUUACUGGCAGGUCGAGUGGAGAGGACACGUUUUAAUAUCAGUGACUUACAGAAGAAUCAGAAGGAAAGGAGACAGUUUGGGCUGUGAGUUGGGAUGGAAUGAUCAUUCAUGGAGUCUGGAAUGCUUUGAUGGUCAUAUAUACUAUGUCAUUCACAAUAAUGUACAAACAAAGAUUUCUCGUUCCUCUGGUUCCUCUCACACAGUCUCAGUGUUUGUGGACUGUCCUGCUGGCACUCUGUCCUUCUAUGAAGUCUCCUCUGACUCUUUGAUCCACAUCCACACCUUCUGCUACACAUUCACUGAACCUCUGUAUGCUGGGUUUUGGUUUGAAUCUGGUUCCGCAGUGUCUCUGUGUGGACUGUAGAACAGAGAGUCUCCUCCUGAGGACACAGACACACUUCAGCAUGGACACGACCACACAAGUAAAUGUCCAGCUGGUUUGAUGUCUCGGUGGUUGUAAACUAACACAAUUUUCACAAGUCACACUUUAUUUUUUGAAUGUUUUGUAGCUUCAGUUCUUCACUAUUAUUUCAAAAAUUGUUCAUUGCCUUUAUAUUUUCUAAAUAGUAUUAAAUAUAGCUGAUUAUUAAACUUUUUAUUAUAUAU